AGCGCACCACACCUGCCUGUCUCCCUUGUCCCCCUCUCUCCCUCGUCACGUUCUCUCUCUCUCUCUCCCCUUUCCUCCCUCGACUCUGAUCUAGAUCCAACCUCGGUGCCAUGUUGCGCCGUCUUCCCCAUCGCCGCCGGCCACCAUCCCCACACUUUCUCUCCCUUUGCCCGUGGAUCCAUCUUCCAUGGACGCCUCCCACACCGUCUCCUCCUUCCCCCAUCUCAUCACUAGGGAAGACAAGGCAAGCGGGAGGGAGAUUGGCCAUGUAGGUCAGAUCCAUCCGCCACGACCUCGACGGAGAUGGCCCAGUGGAUGGAGCGGACCUGCAAAUCGUCAAGCCAAGGGCAGCAGGGCUCCAUCCUUAUUCUCUUCUCCACGGGGGUCACGCACAGGGCUCCACCUACAAGUGAAGAGAGGACCACUGCUCCUCCGGGUUUGCUUCUUCCUACUCUUGAAGGGGUGAUCGUCACGGACUACCGCAACUCGGGGGGCAUCGUGCUCUUCAACAACUCGGAGACGGACUUCACCAUGAAGCCCGGCGACUGCAUCACACAGAUGAUUGUCCAGGUGAUUCUGACGCCGAAGGUCGCCGAGGUGGAGGAUCUUGACGCCACCGUCCGGAGGUUGUCGAGGUGGAGGACCUCGAUGCCACCCUUUGGAGGUUGCUGAGGUGAAGGACCUCGAUGCCUUGGUAGAUACAUUUAGAAAAGGGGUCUGGUUAGGUUGGUGGUGGGACGCUAGGGAAGGUACCCACCUUUCGUGAUGGUUGUGUGCAUCUGAUGUAUCAAUGGGAUCUCAUGAUUUCUUUGAGUUGAGAUUUUCAAUGUUGUAUACAUGAACGGUGGAAGUGCUAAGAAUGUAAGUGCUAAGAUGGUUCUAUGACCUUUGCACUA